UAUCAUUGUUUUGUACGGAACGCCAAGUGGGCUUGAGUGCCCAAAUAAAAGUCCACGAUCCUUUCAACGCAGCUGGCUAAUUGUGUGAAAUGCGGACGGUGGAUAGUAGUCUUACUCGUUUGCCGGCGUUGGUAGUCGACGGUAAAUAAGCCGUCCGCGCGAAAUAGAUAGCGGGCAAAGUAAGUGGGCAAACGAGAGAGACAGUCGUAUAAAAAAAAUAGAGCAGCGAGAGCGGCUAACGGCUUUCGGUAUAAAAUCCCUCCGAUCGGCGAUUUCAAUUUAAUGCGAAAGUGAGUUUAAUCGACGUCACCGCGCGCGCGCGCGUGUCUACCAGCUUUUACUUUCCAGAAAGAUUCGCUGGUAUCGGUGUGCAGUUUCGCGCUACGGUACAUCAUCGAUACAUCAUUCGUUAUUUCCCUGUCUGUCCAGUUUCCAGCAUCUCGAUCUAGGUUUUUCCUCAAUUUCUCCGUGAUUUCCAAUUAGUGAUGAUCGAAAAGUGUAUCUCGGUGCGCGUCGAUUGAUUUUCUCUGUCUGCUCUCGCCUCUUGAGAAUCUCCUUCGAACCUUGAUCCGCAGACCGCGGAUGAUUUUAGCUCUAUCAAGGACGUGACGUUGAGGCGCGUGUCAGAAGUGUACCAGUCGCAACCAGUAAUCCUUAGCUGUUUUGCUUGCGGUCAUCGUUCGUGGACCUGCCCCGGGUCGUCACGAUUUUAUCCACUCCCCACUAUUAAUCGGAAGUCCAACGGUAACUCUUCUUAUCAACCAAUCGGACGGGCGGAUCACUGCAGGGGCUCGUCUGCGGCCGAAUACAUUCUGCAAUCACAUAUAAAGGAAGCGUGUUGCCGAACACUUGUACCAUGCCGCCAAAAUUCCACGGUGUCAGCUGGGCGAAUUUGACGCGAGUUUCGCGGCAAUUCGACGGCGAACGGAGCAUCACCGUCAACCACCGCCGCUGCAUCACCACGGCCGGUCUUUUCAAUUUUAUUUCGACUCGUGCUCCGAAAGUCAACCGUUCCACACACUUUUUCGCACCGUCUGUCUUCGCGAUCGAAAAAAGCUGCAGCAGGAUGCCGCACGCCGUCGAUAUCCAUCACUCCCGAUUCAUCCUAACACACGCAGCGAAAGACCCAUCGACCAAAAAUGGAUUCGAUUAUAUCGGCAAAAUACCGCUGUUAAACGCAAGCACAGUAGAGCUCUCAUCCAAACUUCGCUAUUACAUCGAGGAAUGCGCUACGCUGUGCAGCCCGAAAGACAUUUACAUAUGUAAUGGUACAGAUGUCGAAUACAUGCAAAUGCUAAAAAUUCUGCAGAAAAGUGGCACCAUCGAGAGUUUGCCCAAAUAUGAAAAUUGCUGGUUGGCAAAGACCAAUCCUGCGGAUGUCGCACGAGUCGAAAAACGUACGUUCAUCAGUACGGACUUGAAAAGCGACACCAUUCCUACACCGCGUAAAGGAAUAACCGGAGAGCUUGGAAAUUGGAUCUCUCCUAAUGAUAUGGACAAGGCUAUUUUGGAACGUUUUCCAGGAUGUAUGAAAGGCCGCACCAUGUACGUGAUUCCGUUCAGCAUGGGCCCCAUAGGCUCUCCACUCUCAAAAAUUGGCAUAGAAAUUACCGAUUCGGCUUACGUAGUCUGCUCGAUGAGAAUAAUGACUCGAAUGGGAGAAAAGGUACUCGAAGUCCUGGGAAAUGACGAUUUCGUGAAAUGUUUACAUUCGGUCGGUGUACCGAAACAUAAUUCAAAAGUGAGCGUAAGUCACUCGUGGCCAUGCGAUCCCGAAAGGACGAUUAUACUUCACAAGCCCGCCAAGAAUGAGAUUGUAUCCUACGGAAGUGGCUACGGUGGAAACUCUCUGCUGGGAAAAAAGUGCUUUGCGCUUCGAAUCGGUUCGACAAUAGCGAGAAAAGAAGGAUGGCUGGCCGAACAUAUGCUCAUAUUAGGCAUCACAAGUCCUAAGGGCCGAAAACGAUACAUCGCCGCCGCUUUUCCGAGCGCCUGCGGAAAAACAAACCUGGCUAUGAUGCAACCUACUUUGCCGGGUUACAAGAUCGAAUGCGUCGGGGAUGACAUCGCGUGGAUGAGAUUCGAUAACAAAGGAAAUUUACGCGCCAUCAAUCCGGAGAAUGGAUUUUUCGGAGUUGCUCCCGGUACGAGUUCGGCCACGAAUCCUAAUGCUAUGAAAACCAUCUUCAAAAAUACCAUCUUCACCAAUGUAGCAUCCACUUGCGAUGGAGGAGUGUACUGGGAAGGAAUGGAGAAAGAAGUCGCAGAUAAUAUCAAGGUGGUGGAUUGGAGAGGCAACGAUUGGUUCAGAGGUUCUAAAAUACCAGCUGCUCAUCCAAAUUCAAGAUUCUGUACUCCGGCUAAUCAGUGUCCCAUUAUCGAUCCUGCUUGGGAAGAUCCAGCUGGCGUUCCGAUUGACGCUAUAUUAUUCGGAGGACGAAGACCCGAGGGUGUACCUUUGGUUUAUCAAGCUCGAAAUUGGCAACACGGUGUCUUCAUCGGCGCAGCAAUGAGAUCUGAGGCUACAGCCGCUGCUGAACACAAGGGUAAAGUAAUCAUGCACGAUCCGUUUGCCAUGAGACCCUUCUUCGGUUAUAACUUUGGGCACUAUCUCGCUCACUGGUUAAGUAUGGCGCAAGUGAAGAAUGCCAAAUUGCCAGCGAUAUUCCAUGUAAAUUGGUUCAGAAAAGAUGCAAACGGAAAAUAUUUGUGGCCAGGAUUUGGCGAAAAUUCACGCGUCCUCGAUUGGAUCCUUCGAAGGAUCGAUGGUGAAGAUAUUGCCGAAGACUCGGCAAUUGGCCUAUUGCCAAAGCCGGGAUCCAUCAAUUUACAAAAUCUCCAAGAUGAUGUGAAUAUGGAGGAGUUGUUUAAAUUACCGCAAGCUUUCUGGCAAAAAGAGGUCGAAGAUUUGAGAGAAUAUUUUGAUGCUCAAGUAGGACACGAUUUACCCGAAGCUAUUGCAAUGGAACUCGCUCGCCUCUCUGAUAAAGUCAAUAAUCUUUAAUUUCAUAAUAUUAUUAUAUAUCGAAUCUAUAAUAGUUACGUUUUUCAAGUAUUCGCAGCUUUAAUAUAAAAUUAUAGUAAUGAUACAAUUAUGAUUUUGGUGCAAAAUAAUAUAGCAAGAUUUUAUCGAAAUAACUUUUAAAAAUGGAAAAGAUUUUAUUCGACGUGCUACGUUGGGUAACGUAACAUUUUAACAUAAUAAUUUCUUUCUACAUGAGGAUGUAGAAAAUAUAAAGAAUUGUACAAAGUGUAAGAAGAAGAUAGUAAUUUCUUAUACAAGAUAACGUAUUUAAAGAAGUCUUUGAUUUUUAUAUCAAAAAGAUUUGACUUUCUCUUAACAAAAUUUCAAUGAAUAUUUUUUUCAUAAUCAGUUUUCAGUAUUAAACGUGUUGGUAUAAUUAAAUCUCAAAUUUAGAAUUCUAUUGAAAGUACAUUAGUAUUCGAAGUAAACGAAAGAUAAAGUUUUGUUAUUUCUGUUUGUACCAUUAAAUUUUAUCUCACAAUAUUCAAUAUGUGAAAUAAUUUCACUUUACUUAACUGUACAGAUUUAUUAUGUUCUCGGAUACUACUCUUGGACUAUUCUACUUGAAUAUACUUAUUUUCAUUUCAAUACUAAAUCAUUACUGAAAGGUGAGCCUAGUUUAUUUUAUGCUACGUUGACUGAAAAUAUCCAUAUAAUGUAAAUAUGUAGUAUUACAAAAGACGCCCCAGGGAGACAAAAUACAUUUUAUUUUAAUAUAUUUUUAUUUAAUUCCAAUAAAAAUAUAUUCUUGGGACAGUGUUAUCAUAACGUUAUUUAUAUUACGUCUCUGCUAUUUUGAUCUAUUUAAUGCAAGUUUGCUACGAAAGUAUACACUAAUAUGUAAAAAUAUUUUGUAUGUGUGUAUGAGAGAGAUGUGUGUUUUCACGAAACAGAAAUUGAAUCUUAUUAUUGUAACUAUAUCAACGUGUACUUUAUAAAUAGUCUUUUAUGAAGUCAUUUAUUAUAUACUUCUUUUUAAAUUAAGACACACUACGCAAAAUUUUGCAACAUUAUUACAACGUUGCAAUGUCACGCUAUGGUAAUAUUUCUGAAAUACUGUAAAAACAUUGCAAACGUUGUAAGAUUAAAUUAAGAUUAUUCUUUAUGCCCUAAGUGGUUUAAGUGGUCCAUAAGUUUUCUAUGAAUUGAAAAUACUAUAAAAUAAAGAAUGUGCCAGAAAAAUA